UCUUUACUUUGCCUUUCAGAAAUACUUGAAAUGUGAGCGGUUUUUUGUUCUUCCAUGCUUUAAUUUGGUGCCAUUUACUUAUCAGUGUGACAUCCAAUGUUAAUGUUAAACGUCAAUGCAAAUAGACCAAAAUCAGCGAAUGAACUUCAUCACAUAACCGAAGUGCAUCAGCGAAAAGCUAUUUAAACUGUGUGCCGAACAAUAUUACAACUUCCAAACCGUUGUCUACAACGAAUCAUGGUUUAAAGUAUUACAACACAAACGCAAAUUGGUAAAAAGCAACGAACACAGUGCGUGCGACACAAUGGAAGCGGGAAGUGGAGGUGAAAUUGACAAAGGAUCCAUCUCCAUUGUUGGUGCUGGCUUGGUCGGAACACUCAAUGCCAUAUAUCUUUCUAAACGGGGCUAUAACGUAAACGUUUUCGAAGCAAGGGAAGAUAUCAGAAAACAGAAAUUCUUUGAAGGCAGGAGCAUUAAUUUAUCUUUGGCGACCCGCGGUCAGGAGGCUUUGGAAAAGGCGGGAGUAGUUGGACCGGUAAUGGAUGAAGGACUGCCCAUGUAUGGACGUUACAUUCAUGAAGCAAGUGGAAAAACAAAAAUCAUGAGUUAUGGUAGUCAUGGAGAGCGCUUGUACUCGAUAAAUAGAAGAACCUUAAACGAAUAUUUGCUUACCGAAGCAGAAAGUCUUCCAAAUGUUCAUUUUUAUUUCGAGCACAAACUGACAUCAAUAGAUUUCGAAGAAACAUUACUCGUUUUUACAAGGCCAGAUCAAACUACUUUUACAGUUCAGAGCAAAGCCAUUUUUGGGAACGAUGGAGCUUAUUCGCUUAUUCGUCGGGAGAUGUCAAAACAACCUUGGUACAAUUAUAAACAGGAAUAUAUCGCUCAUGGCUAUCAGGAACUUUGUAUUCCUUCAAAUGAAGGCGAGUAUAAGAUAGAUCCCAAUUUCCUUCACGUGUGGCCACGUGAUUCCUUCAUGUUGAUUGCAAUGCCAAAUGGGGACGGCUCAUUCAAUUGUACGCUUAUUAUGCCAUGCAAAAUGUUUGAUGAUUUAAAAACAGAGGAUGAGGUUCUGAAGUUUUUUAAGAUUCAUUUUCAAGAUUUGAUUCUUCUGAUGGGCGAAAAGCAACUUGUAGAGAAGUUUUUCUCUUGUCCUCCGUCUCCUAUGGUGUCGGUAAAGUGCAGUCCAUAUCAUAUUAAAGAUAAAGUUCUCAUCAUGGGUGAUGCUGCUCAUGCUAUGGUACCUUUCUAUGGUCAAGGAAUGAACUGUGCGUUUGAAGAUUGUUUGAUUUUAAACGACCUUCUGGAUAUCUACAAUGACGAUUUUGGUAAAGCAUUUGAACAGUUUACUAUAACUCGAUGUCCUGAUGCACAUGCUAUUUGCGAUCUAUCGUACUACAACUAUGUUGAGAUGCGAAAGUUGCUCAACACUCGCGUUUUCUUCUUGAAAACGUUCUUAAUAAAAGUACUGAAUCGUUUGAUGCCUCGCACUUUCAUACCACUUGUUAACAUGGUCGCCUUUUCAAGGAUACCUUAUCACGAAGCUGUAGUGAGAUGGAACUGGCAAGAAAAGAUGGUGACAAGAUUGAGCUGGAUUUCGCUGGGAAUACCAGUGAUGGCUGCGAGUGCUAUUGCCAUAAAGAAAUAUAUUUAUAAUUAAUACAUAAAGCAUUGGCCAUAAACUAAAAAGCUACACAAUCUGACAAUCACGGCUAUUAAAGGGAACUUGUUUUUUAUUUAUAGACAACUUAGAACCAUUUACAAUUUAGCUAGAAUCCGUAUACUUAAUUGAUAAUUCCAAUGCUGACUCCUACAACUUUUGUCACUUUAACACAUUAUAUAUAACAUUUAAAUACGUGGGGUUGAUGCCUGUCUUGAUAGUUAAAUUAGUAGUUUUUAUAACUUAGAUAAUGUAAUUAAGUCUGAAUAAUAUAAACUGAAUAAAUGUGAAUAAAUUGCGCAACA